AUGCAAUAUAUUCAAAACGGUGUUUCUAAAAUAUGGGACCUUGUCAGGAGCCAUGGUAGUGUAGCAGUAAUUAUCUUCAACAUAUCUCGGAAUGUUUUAGUCUGUGUUAAACAAUUUAGGCCUGGUGUUUAUUUGAGUAGUAUACCUGAUAGUGAUAAAACAGAAACUAUCGAUACCAAGAAAUAUCCCCCAGAGCUGGGCGUAACUCUAGAGUUUUGUUCCGGAAUUAACGAUAAAAAAAAACCUCUGGAACAAAUUGCAACAGAAGAAGUUUUAGAAGAAUGUGGUUACGAUGUUAGUCCCAAUAACCUGAUAAAAAUACAAAGGUUAAGAUGUGCAGUAGGCAUAUCCGGAGCCUCAUCUAAACUUCAAGGGCAGUCCAGCUCUCUGCUGCACAUAGUAGCACUGGAAGAAAAGCGAAUUGGACUAAUUGAUCUAAUGGAAGAAAUUGAUCUUUCUUGCCAGUGA